UGUCAUAUCAUCGACAGAUCCCAACGGGUAUAGCCUUGUUUCAUAUUCUAGACGAUGUGUGCCUCGUAUGCUACGCACGUCUUUUACCCGCCCUCCACAAUCACGUCAAGAAACGUCAAUCAGAACGCCAAAAACCAUCCGACAAGCGGGUUCCGAACUAUACAUUUUCACCGGCUCGCCUAUACCGACUCUCAGACGUCGUCCGCAUUGGCCGGCGAUGUCGGGGAUGAGCUUGCGAGUUUCUCUGAUGACUUGUGCGGCGCUUUGAAGGGAAAGACGAAAACAGACGUCGAAAAGAUGGAGAUCGAGCCGGACAACUCUAUCGAUCGUUCUGGCCGUUUUCCCGGCCGUGACUACUCGCAGAUUCGAGCGUAUCGCAGCUUGGCUGCUGAGGAUACGAGACGUCCACUCGAGGACAACCUGAUAGCAGUACAGACUGGCCGGUCGGCAAGCGACGGGGAAGAUCCGGAAGGUCAAUUGACGGACAGUAUCAAGAGCUUCUCACAGAAGAAGAGACCUUCCAAAGAUGUCGUACCGGACAGUACUAGGAAAGGGAUAACGAAUUGGCCAAACAUGCUGGAUUACCGGAGGUUGACGUGCUCAGAAGGAGUUCUGGAUACACCGGAACAGAAUAUUCCUCGGUUUCCACGUCGCCAUCUCCCUGCUUCGCCCUCUACCCCAUUAAGCCGACCGCUCAGGUCAGAACCGGUCUUGUUGGCGAACGAUACCAACCCCCGUCCCAGAAAGGUCUCGAAACUAGCGAAGUCUCAUACGGUCGCAUUAGACACUCCGAAUCAGAAUCAGGUUUCAGAAGAAGAAAAGUCCGCGAUCUGGUUGGAACGGCUGCACAGCUUGAGGACCGGCUCGAGGUUCGGUCUUAUGGGGAACACGAUCGCGGAUACCCCGAUCUCGAACGCUCUGAAUGGAGAAUCGUCCAGAAGUAAGAGUCUUGUCAGCGUCUCUGCGACUGCCAAAUUCGUCACUUCCACCCAGCGGGAAGAUUUAGGUGCAGGUGAUCAAGAUUUCUUUCAGCUCGAAAACGAGUCCGGGAUAGAAUGGCCCGCGCCUAUCUUGCCGUGCUCUAGGACUACACAGUUGGACCUGCCCAGCGGGAUGGACGAGCGAUCGAGGCUUCAUGUCGAAGGGUCAUCGUCGACACGAAGAUCGCCUAUCGCUGAAGACCGAGCUCGACCGAAGUCUCCGCUCCACGCAGAGCAUCUCCCGAUUUCCUUCUCCACCGACGGUUCCCGAUCUGCUCCACAACGAGCGGACAAGACGGCCUCCCAGCGAGAAGACAACUCCACUUUCAACGAAUCUGCAUCGCUAGCUCCCGAUUCGGCGACGAGGCCUGCGACCGGGAUGGACUGGUCAGAAAGUUGGGAGAUGACCCCGACCGGCGGGAAACAGAGCAAGAGACUCAGAACGCAAAGGAGUGGAAAUUCGGGCGUUGCCGACGUGUCUCGGAGUGGUUGGAUGUCGACGGGAAGAGAGCAGAGUAUCAGCCAGGGUGCCCGUCCGACCGGUUCUGCCGACUCGGACAUGUUCUCGCAGACGAUGAACCCUACGGGGAAGACGGGCAGCGGUCUCUUUACUAGCCAGUCGCAAUCCAUCUGCACAUUCCCCUCGUAUCUCGCCAUCCCUGCUAAUAGCCUGACGGACCUCACCGAACUCCUCAACUUGCCACCUGAUGGAGAUUCGAGGCGGGUAGACCUGUUGGCCGUCGUCUGGGAGGUCGGGGCGACAGAGAGGUUUAGUAACAAGUGCGAGGUUCAGCUUUGCCAGCCGAUAGGAAACGGACGGGCCGACGAUUCGGCAGGGUGGGGGACGAGGAAGACUCUGUUGAGGGUGGAUUUUUGGGACGAGUAUGCGGAUGACGUGAAACGGCUCAAGUCGGGCGAUGUGGUCUGGAUCAAGAACCUGGACCACAAGCGGAAAGCGGAAAAAGACGCCGCCUACCGGGCCCGGCCGCGUUUCAUCAGCUCGGUCGGAUCUCGUCGCCCUAACGCCAGCUAUCCGACGAAUAUCACCAUCAUGUACCGUGCCAUGCCCGAUCGGUAUCACAAUCGCGGGCCUACGGACCGGUGUGAAGAGUGCGCGGCUGCUGCGAUGAUUAGAAACGUCGUCAGAGGCGAGACCAGGAGGAAGGGGGAAGACACCGACGCUGUCUGUGAGAGGCACAGGGGGGCGAUCGCGGCGGAGGAUCAGCAGUUUAGACCGGAUCGACGGUUGUUGGAGGGAGAGAUUGGGAUGCGGAGGGUGAAGAAGCUUGUCGAGUGGGUCGAAGCGACGUUCGUGUCGCGGUUCUGAGGGCGUUUCACAAACACGUCAAGAACGCUACGCGCGUGCAUCUUUCGAGUAGACGACGUGCGCAGAUAGCAACAGGGGCAUGUCUGCCGACUCACCUUGUGCUGUACCUCCCAAACCAUGAUAUGCCUUCCAAGAGGACUCUUCUCCUCGAGAGCCA